UGUCAGCCAACUCCCCCAUGCUCCCGCCCCAGCAGGUAAAACGCCCCAGGCAGUACAACAACCCCCACUCAGCCACAAACACCCCGGGUCCAGGCGUUCCGCUUGCCGGCAAUGGGGCUGCUGGAGGCCCCUUGGGGCCGAGGACAAAGAGAAGAAAACCGGAACCCAUCGCUGCUGAAGUGAAUAGAGAGAAGGAGAUUGAAGGUGAUAUCAAGACAAAGAUCGACUUUCACGACCUCCCCGUCGAGACCCUCUACAAGUACCUCGAACUGCACGACCUUAUACCAUCUUGGAAUCCAUCGCCUUGGUCUGAAGAACCAUGUAUGCCACGUACGUCUCUGCCAAGCAAUGAAACAAACCGGGCAAAAAGUAAUCAACAUAUCCCAUGCAGCAAACCUCCUCUACAGCAUGCCGCCUCCGCCCCCAUCCGCCCGGCCUACUGCCACUGCCUUCCUUGGUGCUUCUCAGAGCCAACAGGGUCUUGGCCCCUCGCCGCCACCAGAAGAGACGGCUGCUGCUCCCAUUGCCAACGCAGACGAAGACGUCAAACCACCUCCACCUGCUGCUGACACCGCGGUGCCUGAGCAGCAGCAACAGCCGAAUGGCGGCGAGAAUGGUGUCCAUGUCGAGUCACAACAGCAGGCUGAGGGAGGAGAGAAGAAUGGUAUACAAGAGAACGGUAAUGAGGUUUCUAGAGAGGAAGCGCAGCCUGAUAUGUCAGAACCUAUCGUCACCGACCGCCCGGAGGAAGAACGCGGUUCACGUUCGCCUUCCCCUCUGCCCGUCGAAGCUCCUACAACGAGAUCCAAAACGUUGCCCACCCGAAAACCACUCACCCCUCCUCCCCCUUCCCCUCCCCAAUUCACACGUGGGGUCGUGACCCUCUCGGACGUACUGGCGGCGAGACACGAGUUGGCAGAGAAGGCCAACGCGCAUUGGGCAAAGGGUUUGGGAGGGGGGCAGAACAAGGAGAGCGAGACUAUUGUGCAGUUCCUCUACAAAAUGAAGGUCGGCCCUGGACGUUUACUAAGAGUAUACAACCCCACGACUUCGGCCCAACCUCCUUGGCUAUGAUCAUCCUUGUCAACAACUGUGUCGCUCUCUACUAUAAGAUACUCUGUUACUCGUACCUAAUCCAUAGUUGUCAUCCACUAGGCCCAUCUUCGACUUUGCGUGUUCUCUAAUCAUGGGACGAUGUAUCAUACCUGAUUUGUGUUUCAUACAA